GCCUAAACCGCCUCACAGGCAAAAAACCGAUUUUUCAAACCUUUACACUAAAAUCGUAAAGGUUUUGGACCGCCUCCGCCUUGGCGACCGAUUAAUCGGCCGCCUCGGCCGAUUUUUAGAACACUGAAUAUAACACACGAAAUAACGGGUGAAUUUGAGUUUUUUUAAGAAAAAUUACAAAUGAAAUAAAUUGCACUGCAAGGUGAUAAAAAUUACACUAUAAAUAACAUUUUAGUAUUUAUAAUUUCCACAUCAUACUUCUAUCCAAACUAACAGCAUAAACUAACGGUGGCACGAAAAUUAUAGAAAAAUGGCAUCAUUGAAAUGACUGGUGUAACUCGAAAAUGUUUAAAGACAGUAUCGAAAAAAUGGUUAAAGUUUGAGGACGAAAAAUGUAAUUUGCCCACUUAGUUACAACAUAUAGCCUCGCUAAUCCACGAUCAGCAGUCACCACCCGCCACCGCCACCGCCACAGCCACAGCCACAGCCACAACUACCUGCUUUUCCCAAUUCCCUGCCGAUGACGACCCAAAAGAGCCCAUCCUCUCUAUCUCCCUGUAGCCGCCGCCGCCUAUUUUGCCUAUCAGAACUGGGAAACGGUGCCCUAUUUAUCGGAACUCAUGGCAUUCACUUGAGAGAUACUUUUCGAUCAACGCGGGAUCCUCUUGCACCUACAAUGGCUUCUAGAAGAGAAUGGCUGCCGCAAACUCUCAAGAGAGAAACACGAGCAAUGCUGAUUCGCCAGGUUCAAAUAUGGUGGGGACAUUGAAACAAUUACUUGUUAGGUACGGAACUCAGCUUCUUAAACCGUGUGAUUCUACAGAAGAGCUUCUGGAAUUACUUCAUAAUUUACAUCGUGUUUUAAUACACACACUUCAUGAUCACAAGGACCGGGUACAAUUGGCACUUCAAUCAUCAAAAGAAGCGCUAAUUGCCAAUGAACUUAUAAGACAUGCUGAAAGGGAUGUAAGAAUAUCAGUGACCUUAUGUAUAUCUGAGAUCGUAAGAAUAACUGCACCUGAUGAACCAUACGAGGAAGACCAGAUGAAGGAGUAUUUUGGGCUUCUUAAUACUGCCCUUGAGAACUUGUCUUUCAUGUCUGGCGGAGCCUAUUUAAAAGCUGUGUCGAUCAUCAGGUCUAUUUCAUUAUGUCAGGCAUGCGUGCUGAUGUUGGAUCAUCAGUUGUACGCCAGUAUCCGUCAAAUGUUUCACCUGUUCUUCAAUGUCAUAAGAGCCAACCACCAUCCGGCUAUAUUCUCAAACAUGGUGAAUAUCAUGGCGGGGAUAGUUCGUGCCAAUGAUGACAAUGAUGAAUUUUCCGUGAAACUUGCAAAAAUCCUUCUUGCUAGGUUAAAGAAGGAAAAUCAAAAUGUUACACCAGCUUCAUUCCAGCUGGCGGAGGACACAUUUAAGAAUUGCUCCAAUGCACUCAGGGAGCAUCUUCCUAAAGCUGCAAAAAGUUUGGGAAUUCCCGUCGAGGAUUAUGCUGAAGUAGUUGCAUCGUUAUUACAGGGUGCAACUCAAGGGGAAAAAAACCAUGGUGUGUUUUUCAACAAAAGAAAAAAAAAUAAAGCUAGAAUAAAAAGAUGCAUUACGUGUUUUGGUUAGGUUGGAGAUAAUGUAUUUGUUGCUACGGUUGUGUUUGGUAUAAUUUUAAAGUUGCAUUUGGAUGGAAGGGUUUGAGCAAACGAGUUUUAAAAAUUUAAAAUAACAAAUUCAUGCGUUUGUUUGGAUUGAUUUAUUUGACAAUGGAUUUUAAAACCCUUAGUUCUCAUUUUAAGCUAUUUUUUGAGUCGUUACGUCGAAUUUCAAAUCCUUCUGUUUGAGUCAUUUUAAAUCCAUUCCUCUCGAAUCAAUUUAAUCCAUAUGUUCAAUUACUUUAUAUAUCUUUCUACCUUGGCUUGAACCACGUAACGUUAAAACCUUUGGUGUUUUUUUCAUGCAUAUUUGAUAUUAGAUUCGAUCACCAGAAUUAAGAUUAUAUACGACACAUUAAAUGCUAAUGUUUAAGGUAGAGGAAAUAACUAAAGUACAUUUCUCCAAUCUAAUGCGCAUAUCAGUUUUAUGUCUAAGAUAUUUAUUUUUUCAUACUAAGCCUUUCGUUGAGUUGCUUUAAUUGAACCUGUCAGAAAUUUAGUGCACGUUUUGCAUGAGCUUCUAGAAUAAAAGUCCAUUUUUCAAUUGUACUUCUUAUUAAGUUUUCUUUAUUAAGUUCAGUGAUUAUAUUACGAGAUGUUUGGUGAAAUAUACUUUAAAGGAACUAUAAAUCCAUUAAGUUUUGGAAAUGGAUUUCAGAAGUAACAAUGUCUUACGUAUUGAGAGUGAACUUUCCGGAAGUGAUUUAUCCCGAAUGACUUAAUUUGUUUCGAGACAGCCAAUGUGAUGAGUUAAUAUUGUUGCUUCCAAUUAUAUUGACUUCAGUUUUUUUUGUUUAUUUUCCAGGACGUUGAACAUAUAGCAGUAAAUGCCACGUGUCAGGUGGAAGGUGGUUUAGCAGUAACCCCACCUGG